AUGCCGAGCUUAAAUGCUCCGCAAAUCUAUCACCGGUCUCACCGAUGUAGAAGAGAGGUCACAUCAGGAGCAUCAGAUACUGUAGACCAGAUUGGAGGAUGGUUACCUAUUCUAGUCGCUAUGUUUGUGCAUAUAACAAUCAUCACAACCAUAAUUUUGAUUAUGAAGAAGUAUGAGUACAGUGAGGAAGGAUGUGCUUCUGAAUGGCCCUUGAUACACAAGUUAUUUGGUGCUGUUGCUUCACCGUUUGUGUUAUGUCUGCUUGUCUUCAGCUACAAAAAGCCAGAUCCUCUGGCAGAACAGAAGCCUGCAAGACAACAAACAGAGAUUGCUGCUACCAUCACUCCUGCCUCCACGACUGGUGUUGUCAUGCCAAUCACUGCUGCCAGUGAUGCUGUAUCUACUUCCAUCACCACAGUAUCCACAUGGUCCAUAAGUUCCAGCUUUGUCACCAAUGCCAUGUUCACUAAUAUUAUCGAUUCCUCUGCUGUCACCAGUCUACCCAACUGUAUCCAUGUCACACCCAGCACAGAUACUAUUCCCAUCAAAAUCACAUCUUCUACCCCUGCAUCCAGCAUCACCUCCAACAUUCCCAAGAGCACAUGUGCUGACACUAACGUUACCACUGCUGUCAUCCACACUCCUACCAGAAUCACACCUACUACCCUUGCCACCACCAGACCCACCAAUACUUUGACUGUGGCUGUUACACCAACUGCCACAGCACCCAUCAUCUCCGGGUAUUCUGCAGGGCCUUAUCCUGUGAUAAUCACACACGAUGAACUGGCACAACCGUCCAACUCCACACCAGUAGUUGUAGCACAGCAGGAGGAUGAAGCAUUCGCUGGAACUUCUGGAAGGCCACAAGGACGUUGGCGUGUACCAGUAUGUGGUGUAAACACAGCAUCACAGCAGGAUCUUCUGGCCCUGAUGUUCCAUGAUGAAUUCUCCAGGGUACAGCAGCUGGAAAAUCUGUGUGUUGGAGGCCUGUUUAAUGACAUACAGUCUGCCAUGGCAGACAUGCAGGCCUCCUUCCAUACUGAUUUACAUAAUGUACACACAAGUAUGCAGUCAGGCAUCGUAGACCUGGAAUCCAAAAUUCAUACAGGGUUUACAGGAUUGCAGAGUGUCUUACAGAGUGGCAUAGCUGAGCAUCUAACAGCUGUAAGGACAGGAUUAGGCAACAUUCAGGAUGUUCUUUGCAGAGGCUUGUCGGAUAUAAGGCAUACUGUUCACAGUGGCCUAACCCAAGGAGAUUCAAGCAUUCAGAAAGUACACACGACAGUGUUAGAGGGUUUAGCUCAGAUCAGUGAGGAAGCUGACUCUGUAGUCAGCCUCCUCACUGAAGUCGUAGACAAUCAAAGCUCUGCACAGUUCAGCAGGACCGAAACCUUUGAAACAUCAGGUGACUUAAGAGAACAAGAGGUGAACUCAGAAACUAAUGAGGGUGUAGCUUCUAUUGAAAUUGGGUUUACCAAAUGUGUUUCAAGUAGACCAACCCAUACUUCCUCUGCCAAAAACAAUGCAAUAACUAAAGAACUAUCGGUGCCCACAAGAAGAAGUUUACGAAAGAAAAAGUGGAAAGGUAGAAAAUAUAAAUAGUAACCACACAUUGUUUAAUAAAAUUACAUUUUUCAUGAA